AUGUUUCUCUUCGGUCUUGGGAAGCUUGUCUACGUCAUUGUCCUCAUCAUCAACGCGAUCGCCGUCCUCUCCGAGGACCGAUUCCUCGCUCGCAUCGGAUGGGGUCGCACACAAGCUGAGCCGGGCUUCGGCGCAUCCUACGACAGCACGAGUGUGAAGGCAAAGUCGGUUAACUUGAUUGCCAGCGUGCGGACAGUCAUGCGGAUCCCCUUGAUCGUCAUCAACACAAUCAUCAUUGUAUACGAGCUUAUUCUUGGAUGA